UCGUUCAUCGAACAACACAGACCACAAUGUUCAAGUUGGUGGUGUUGAGUGCUAUCUUCGCAGCGGCCGCGGCCGAGCCCGGUUUGCUCGCGCCAGCUUUCGGGGCGCCUCUUGCUUACUCCUCGGUGUACUCGCCAGGUGUCACCAGCAUCUCGCAGCAGGCCAGCAGUGUUGUGCACCCCUCACCUCCCCUAGUCUACUCGGCUCCAGUCGCGUAUUCCCACUUCAUCAAGAAACGAUCAGCGCCUUUCGCCUAUGUCGCCCCGACGACUUACCUCACGAAUACGCGUAUCGCUGCCGCACCCCUGGCGACCACCUACAGCGCGCCUGCCCUGCUACACAGCUCACCAAUUGUACCAGCAGCUCAACUGAGCUACGCCACGCACUUCAUCAAGAAGAGGUCUGCUCCCUUGGUGCCGACUACCUACAUCGCGCCGACCACAUACGCUGCGGCCACGCCACUUCUGACGUCGACCUACGCCGCCGCUCCCCUGGUGCACUCCGCUCCUCUGAUCUCGCAGCCUAUCACUUACUCCCACUUCAUCAAGAAGCGUUCGGCGCCUCUGUUCAACGCCUUCGUCGCCCCUUCCUCCUACUCGACCCAGUCCAGAGUUGACGUCCACACUAGCCCUCUGAUCUCCACCACCUACACUUCCCCGAUCGCCUACUCUAGUCCUAUUGCUUACACCCACGUGUACUAAAGCAUUUGAUUUAGAAGAUUGACGUCUUAAACAUGCAUUUUACAGUAAAUCCACUCACAUGCUCACAUAAUGUCGAUUGUACAUACACAUAAGUUUGAUUUUCAAAUACCAAUGUCAAUAAACAGAUUUUGAAUACGA